UAUUAUAAGCUUGAUCCUAGUCAUUAUGUUUCAGUACUAGCAUUAGCUUGGGAUGCUAUGCUUAAGAUGACAGAUAUUGAGAUUGAGCUCUUUACAGAUAUGUCUAUGCAUGAUUUAAUAGAAGAGGCUAAGCGUGGAGGUAUAGCUAUAGCCUGUAAGCACUAUUUUAAGGCCAAUAAUCCAAAAAUAGGCAAGUCAUUUGAUCCAUCAAAACCAACAAUAUGGAUAAGCUAUUUCGAUGCUAAUAAUCUUUAUGGAUGGGCUAUGAGUCAAUAUUUGCCUAUUGGAAAUUAUAAAUGGGAG